AUGUGCUCCUGCCAAGUGAAUCCAUCAUGCUAUUUCCCGUGUCAACACCAGGGCGUGUGUGUCCAGGUUGGCGCGAAGGGGUACGAGUGUGACUGCACACGGACUGGGUACUAUGGCAGAAACUGUAGCUCACCUGAAUUCUGGUCGCGUCUACGGGAAACCUUCAGGCCCCGGCCGGCCUUCUACCACUUCAUCUUGACCCAUUUCAAGUGGCUUUGGGACAUCAUCAACACCACGUUCAUCCGAGACACGCUGAUGCGGAUAGUGCUGACAUUGCGGGCCAAUCUCAUUCCCAGCCCGCCCACUUACAAUUCUGACUAUGGGUACAUCAGCUGGGAGUCUUACGCCAAUGUCACCUACUUCACCCGUGUCCUCCCUCCGGUGCCGAGCGACUGCCCCACGCCCAUGGGGACAAAAGGACCGUUGGAGCUCCCGGAGGCCCGGCUGGUCGCAGAGCGCUUUUUUCUCCGGAAGACCUUCCACCCUGACCCUCAGGGUACCAACCUGAUGUUUGCCUUCUUCGCCCAGCACUUCACCCACCAGUUCUUCAAGACAUCGGGGAAAAUGGGCCAUGGAUUCACCAGGGCGCUGGGCCAUGGGGUAGAUCUUGGGCACAUCUAUGGGGACAACCUGGAGCGUCAACACCAACUCAGACUCUUCCGAGAUGGGAAGCUGAAGUACCAGAUGGUGAAUGGGGAGAUGUACCCCCCUACCGUGCGAGACGCCCCCGUCCACAUGAUCUACCCCAAGCACAUUGUGGCAGAGGAGCAGAUGGCCACGGGCCAGGAGGUGUUUGGGCUCCUCCCGGGACUGAUGAUGUACGCCACCCUCUGGCUGCGGGAGCACAACCGGGUCUGCGACCUGCUGAAGGGCGAGCACCCGACCUGGGAGGACGAACAGCUUUUCCAGACGGCCCGGCUCAUCCUGAUUGGCGAGACCAUCAAGAUUGUCAUUGAGGACUACGUCCAGCAUCUCAGUGGCUACUACCUGAAGCUGAAGUUUGACCCAGAACUUCUCUUUGGGGUGCAGUUCCAGUAUCGGAACCGGAUCGCCGUGGAGUUCAACCAGCUCUACCACUGGCACCCAUUGAUGCCAGACUCCUUCAGAAUCCGGGACCGAGAGUACCCCUAUGACCAGUUCAUCUACAACACCACCAUGCUGACAGACUACGGCGUGGAGGCCCUGGUAGAGGCCUUCUCUAAACAACAAGCCGGCCAGAUCGGCGGCGUAGCCAAUAUCCACAAAAACCUCCUGAAAGUGGCCAUUGGCGUCAUCGAAGAAUCGCGGCUGCUGCGCCUUCAACCCUUUAAUGAAUAUCGGAAGAGGUUCAACAUGAAGCCUUAUACCUCCUUCCAGGAACUGACAGGGGAGGAAGAAAAGGCGGCCGAACUGGAAGAGCUGUAUGGUGACAUUGAUGCCCUGGAGUUCUACCCUGGCCUGCUGGUGGAGAAGAGCCACCCAAACUCCAUAUUUGGGGAGAGCAUGAUAGAGAUUGGGGCACCCUUUUCUCUAAAGGGCCUCUUUGGGAACCCCAUCUGUUCCCCGGAGUACUGGAAGCCCAGCACGUUUGGCGGGGCCACCGGCUUCGAACUGGUGAACACGGCUUCGCUCCAAAAACUGGUGUGUCUCAACGUCAAGAGGUGCCCGUAUGUGGCUUUCCGAGUGCCGGAGGACGAAGAGGCGACAGCACCGAGUGACACGUCCAGGCGGAAAGACCUCUCAGCCGAGCUCUAACAGUGCCACCAGGAGCCAGGGGGCUGCUGUCGAGUUUGGCCAACAUCUCUAAUGUGUAACAUCUUCCCCGUUUGAAAGAGGGAGUCACACAGACCAUGGCCGGAAAGACGACAAAAGGAAAAGAGAGAGAAAGAAAGAGAAAGCAAAACAUCCAUCUUCAUCAUCAACACACCCUUCUAACGUACUGCGGAAUUCCUCUGCAUUACAGACAGAGAGCAGCAGAAGAAAAAACAAGGUUUGAUUUGUUAGGCGAGCUGAAAGCUGUCUAUCCAUGUUGGUUACCUUCUCCCCACCCAGGACUGUCAGGGGCUACAAACGUCCGCCCCACCCCACCCCCAAGAGGCUAAGAAUGUAGUGCAAUAAUGCCAAGGGUCUCACUAGAUGUUAAAGAGCCACAGGUGCUGAACCCACAUGCCACCCCACAACUGGUUUUCCUCCUUGACACUCGAGGAAUCAGACAGGCAAACAAAGUCUCUGUUUCCUUCUCAAUGACCAGUCACCAAAACAGAGCACGCUAAAUUCAGGAUCUGGAGGUGAAAUAAAAUGGAAAAAUAUGUUGCUAUAUAAAAAAUAUAACUUUUACCACUUGAGGGAACACCCCACUGAGCAUCUUGCUUCAUUUGCUCAGAGAUACUCGGUUUUAAGGCUGUCGCGGAGACCUGCCUGAAGCUUGCGAAACACAGAGUGGGAAAGUUUAUUUUUUCCCCAGCUGAUUUCAUAGUUAGGUCUGUUCCUGCAAAUUCAGGAAUGGUGGGGUUUGACCAGGAAAGAACAGAUAUUGUGGAACGAAGGUGUGAUGAAGGGUGACCUUUCAAAUAAA